AUGAAGAUUGCCGUUCUCGGAGCCACCGGGCGAACAGGACAGUAUUUGGUAAAACAAGCUCUUCUUAAAGGACACACUGUCACAGCAAUUGUAAGGAGUCCGGCAAAGCUGACAGUUGUGCACGAGAAACUCAAGGUAACUGAGGGUGAUGUUUUCUGUAAGGACAGUCUAGAACAUCACCUCAAAGGGCAAGAUGCGGUUAUUUCCUGCCUUGGGUUCUCACCGACACCUCUCUCUGGUGUUAACGGAUACACACGUUCGAUGAGGACCACAAUCAGAGCUAUGCAGCAAGUUGGCGUGAAUCGAAUAAUUACCAUGACAUCUUGGUACACUGACCCCAAAUCAUUGAUGAAGACUUCAUUUGUUUUCCGGUUGUUCCUUAUCACAAUGAUUCAGAGUGUGUUAAGCAACAUGUAUGAGAUGGAGCACUUUCUAAAGAAGACUAAAGAUAUUAACUGGACUGUUGUCAGACCUCCAGGUCUCAGGAAUGAGGCAGCAACAGUGAGAGAGUUCCUGACUUAUGAAGGAUACUUUGUUCCUGAUUCAAAUGGACAACCUAUAGGGCGGCACGCAGUUGCUAGAGGCGACGUGGCUCGCUUCAUGUUAUCACUUCUUGACAAAAAUGACUGGAUUAAAAAAGGUGUUGCCAUCACAACCAAAUAA